AUGCUCCUCAGCCAGUUAACCACGCUGCUGGGGCUGCUCAGCGGGGCCUGGCUGCCCACAGGCUCAGGGAGGCCUGGAGCCCCAGCUACCCCGGCUCAGUCCCAGGCUGCUGCCAAUCAGAGCUGGAAUCUGGGUCCUCUUGUGGCAGCCUCUGCCCUGGGUAGCUGGAAGGCCUUCCUGGACCUGCAGAACAAGCAGGCAGGUGAGCCACAGAGAAGGCAGAAAGUGGCUGAUGCUGUGUCUUUGCCCUUGGCGCCUCAGGAAGUGCUCCGGGAGACUUGUAAGGCUCUGCCCUUUGUUCAGGUGCUCUCCAGGCCUGGUUGCACAGCUGCCCGGGUCCUUAAUCAUCUCUGUUUCGGCCACUGUUCCUCCUUCUACAUUCCCAGCUCGGAUCCCACCCCAGUAGUCCUCUGCAACAGCUGUGUGCCGGCUGGAAAGCGCUGGACAUCAGUAGAGCUGUGGUGUGGAGCUGGCAAGUCAGCCUCCCCUAGGCGGGUGAGGAUUUCCACCGUGCUGGUCCAGAAGUGUCAGUGUCGACCGAAGCUGUGAGCUGAGCAUCGUGGAGGAAUGUGUAGCACAUGAACCUCGGAAAGAAGCAGGAGAAAGACGUGGCCUGAAUGAUGGACAUCAGGCCAAGAGAGCAGGGUUGGAAGGACAGAUGGACAGAUACGGAGUUUCUCACUCCCAAACACUAGACAUGGUCACCCAGUCACGGGCUGAGACCACCAAUAGUCAUAGCAUGUGGGACAAGGGUGUAAGUCAACCGGAGAGGGCU